CACUCUGUCGUCAUUAAGAAAAGCCUGGAUGUCGUGCAUGGCAGUGCGCUGCACCUCUCCUGGUACACGAACCUCAUGAGCGCCAUCAUCCUGGCACCCAUCAUCAUUCUCGUCGGGGAGCUUCCCGGGGUCAUGAAGCUCUUGUUCGGCGCGAAUGAGAACGCCGCGGGCCAGAUGAGCACACUCGCGACAUUUGUUAUGGGCUCCCUCAUUACGGCAAGUAUUCUGCGACUGCUCAUCCUCGCAAGUUUGAUGUCAAUCAAAGUCACUUCACCCAUCACGCAUAUGGUCUCCUCCGCCGUGCGCGGUGUCGCGGUGUCCCUCCUAGGCGUGUGGUUGUUCCACGACAUCGUUACUCAGUAA